AUGCGACAUAUUGCCACUGUCCACAGUCUGCCACAGAUUGCCACUGUCCACAGUCUGCCACAGAUUGUCUCUGUCCACAGUCUGCCACAGAUUGCCACUGUCCACAGUCUGCCACAGAUUGUCUCUGUCCACAGUCUGCCACAGAUUGCCACUGUCCACAGUCUGCCACAGAUUGUCUCUGUCCACAGUCUGCCACAGAUUGUCUCUGUCCACAGUCUGCCACAGAUUGCCACUGUCCACAGUCUGCCACAGAUUGCCACUGUCCACAGUCUGCCACAGGUUGUCUCUGUCCACAGUCUGCCACAGAUUGUCUCUGUCCACAGUCAACCCACAGAUAGUCAUUGUCCACUGUCAGCACUGCCUACAUGUUUCUGAUGUAUGACCACUUG